ACUGAACCUUCUUACUAUAUUACGACCAACUGUAGAGUAUAUACCUUACUAGACAGAGUGUCUGAGUGCCCAUUAGCAGUCCACUAUAUCAAGUUGCCUUGUAAUGUGGUUUACAGAGGUUUCAUUGUCCCACUACACCCAUUAUAAGCUAACCUCAGUACAUCUGUUCUUUGUUGUUAAACCUGUUGUGUUACACAGGUGGAAGAUGAGAGUAACCACAUUGCUUCCACACUGAUCAGAUUAUUGUUCCCAAAAGUAUGUGCUCUUACUGUGUUCCCAGUAUAGCUAACAAUAAUGUGGAAGCUAGACAGCUGCCCUGGCUUACCACUUAAUUAACAAUUGAUAAGCUUCUGUUUUGAGGUUCCCAAUUGUGGGCGUGAUAGUAAGAAUCCACCCAAGUGUAUGAUCAGUUGGGAGAGUUAUACUGGUGUCUUCUAAGUGACAGUAUAGAGACUUGUAUCAACUGAGGUUGGUAUCAAAGAGUUGUUAAAAGCAACAGCACUUAGCUGUGGUACGUUGGGGGUGGAUGGGUAUUGUUUAUGGAGGUGGAUUGAUUAUUUGAGUGUUUUCAGGUUUUAGCUAUUGUGAAACCUGCUAAGAUAUGUAAGUGUCAUUAUAAUAAUAUAGGGUCAAGUUAAAAUUUAUAUACACAGCACUGUGUGCAUGUGUGAUGUUGAGUAAAGCAGUGCUAAGUGCAUCACUAGAAAUUAAGGACAAGGUUGCAUGCCAAUCGUGGGCAUGAUAGAAACUAUAUAUGCACCCACUGCAUGUUUGGGAGAUAGUGAGGACUUGUAACAACUGCAUGAGGGUUGUCAUUAAAUAAAGCAACAGCUGCCAGCUCUAGUUGAGGGGUGUAUGGGAAUGGAGAUGGGUUAGUUAUUCUAGAAUUUUGGUUGAGUGUUGCCGUGAAACUUACAUUACUUGCAUCAUGGUAGAGUCAACAUCAAUUUUGUACAAUUUACUGCCGUGAGUAAAAGGGGACACUACACAUGCAUGCAAUGAGUGGGUAUAAUAAAUUAUAAUAGGACAACAGUUUACUUAAUUAGCGGAAGAGAGGAUUUAAUUUUAGUGUGUUAUUUUUGUGAUGUAUAUAAAUCAUAAUAAUAUAGACAAAAUUAUUAAAUGCAUGGUGCAUUAUGCAUGUUAUACAGCUCUCCUACACUAGCUGUUGCAUCCUGUGCAAUAAUUUGCUUCCUGUCUUGGGCCUUCAACUGCACACAAUACAAAUUAUACUUCUGCACUUGAGAGCAUCUCAUUGUAUAAGUUGUGGUUAUAUAGAGUUUCCUGUCACUGCCUGCUAUAAAAGUUGCAGCACUAAUGGACUAAGAUCGUUUUUUGUUGAGGCUCUCUCAACAAAAUUGUUUUUGCAUUGUCCUGCGGAAGGCAUGGCCAAAUUACUGCAACUCCAAUUGACUGGGUUUCUCCUGUUGCUCUAUGCAGCUUAUUGCCAAUGUCAACUGUGCCCCCUUUUAAGUUCAGUAGACAAUGCGCCAAUAAAGUACAACAAUCCAGAUCGAGGUUUGAACACUGUAGCAACGUAUACUGUUUGCGAUGCUAGUCGUAGCCUAAGUACCAUGGGAGACCUUCAAAGAACGUGUGUUUUUAAUGGAACUGGGUUCUCUUGGUCAGGAACGGCGCCAUCGUGUAAUCUUUUAUUGUGCGAUGCGAAUUUUUUGGAAGGAAUAACGGACAACUCUAUUAUAACUUACACUAGGGAUCUAAUGAGUGGUGGAUAUACUUCAGGGACCGUUGCUAACUAUGAAUGUGAACCUGGGUUUGGUUUAUUUGGAGAACAGACAGAUAAUUGCCAGGGACAAGUACAGGGUGAUAACUUGGUCAAUGUGUCAUGGGAUGUCGGAGUACGAGAUUGUCGGCCACAGUGUCCAGAAAUUGAAACUGGAGGUCUAGCGGAAAGGGGCCUAUUAUCAAGUAUUGAAUAUCUACCCACCAAUAGGAUUUUGGGCGCUAUAGCAACACAUAUGUGCCUUCCAAAUCACAUUCCGACAGAAAAUGGCCUGGUUAGGACAUGUAUUAGUGCAACGAAUCCUGAAGAUGGUCCAGAUUGGGAUCUUCCAAUACCAGAAUGCAUUGGGGUCUGUCAGGAUCUACUUCCUUUGGAAAAUGGAGUUAUCACAUAUAAUAAUUCAGAAAAUGAGACUGACAGAAUUAUAGGGACUGUUGCCACCUACAUGUGCAACGUGGGUUUUAUAUAUGUUGGGGGUGAUGUUACUAGGACAUGCACUAACAUACUGUUUAUGGGAAUUGAUGUGAAUAAUAUCGAUUGGACUGGAAUGGGAGGCAGAUGCAUUCCGCAAUGUCCACCACUGCCACCUAUUCCAAACGGAGUUAUUACAUAUGGUCCUGAUAUGAUUGCUGAUUAUGAUGUGGAUACAGUGGCUACCCAUACCUGUAAUGAAGGUUCCGUUCUGACUGUCGGACCUGAGGCUCGAGUGUGUUUACCCUCAAGGAGAUGGUCCGGCGUCACUCGUGUGUGCCAACCCAUUGAGUGUCCGCUGCUGCCGGACCUGGUCAAUGGUGUCAUCACUUAUAUGGAAGACAUGACUCCAAACUUUGAACUCACGACAAUGGCUAUACAUGAAUGCAAUGAGCCUGGUUACACUCGGGUGGGGCCCAGAAUACGAACAUGUGUGAGGAGCAGUGAUCCAAACAGUCUAAUAGGAGUGUGGGAUCAAACGGCACCAACUUGUGUUCCUCAAUGUACACCUCUACCGAACCUUCCCAACGGAUUUAUAUCGUACGGCUUUGACGAAACACCUAAUUACGAUGUGGGUACCGUGGCAACCCACACGUGUAUUGCUGGCUUUGUCCUUAUUGGAUCAAUGACAAGAAAUUGUACCGGCUCCCUCACAUGGUCUGGAGAAAUGCCUACUUGCCAACGUAUUGAGUGUCCGCUGCUGCCGGACCUGACCAAUGGUGUCAUCACUUAUAUGGAAGACAUGACUCCAAACUUUGAACUCACGACAAUGGCUAUACAUGAAUGCAAUGAGCCUGGUUACACUCGGGUGGGGCCCAGAAUACGAACAUGUGUGAGGAGCAGUGAUCCAAACAGUCCAAUAGGAGUGUGGGAUCAAACGGCACCAACUUGUGUUCCUCAAUGUACACCUCUACCGAACCUCCCCAACGGAUUUAUAUCGUACGGCUUUGAUGAAACACCUAAUUACGAUGUGGGUACCGUGGCAACCCACACGUGUAUUGCUGGCUUUGUCCUUAUUGGAUCAAUGACAAGAAAUUGUACCGGCUCCCUCACAUGGUCUGGAGAAAUGCCUACUUGCCAACGUAUUGAGUGUCCGCUGCUGCCGGACCUGACCAAUGGUGUCAUCACUUAUAUGGAAGACAUGACUCCAAACUUUGAACUCACGACAAUGGCUAUACAUGAAUGCAAUGAGCCUGGUUACACUCGGGUGGGGCCCAGAAUACGAACAUGUGUGAGGAGCAGUGAUCCAAACAGUCCAAUAGGAGUGUGGGAUCAAACGGCACCAACUUGUGUUCCUAUCCAGUGUCCUCCGCUUCCCAUGUUUCCAAAUGGAAUGAUCACGUACUCCUCGGGGCCCUCUCCUAACUUUCCCAUCGGUACCACGGCCGUUUAUGAGUGCAAUGCACCCGAGGGCUAUUGUCUCUCAGCUGCUACCUUGAGGGAGUGUGAGCCUUCAGGCAUAUGGUCUGGAGCUGCACCACCAGAGCCGUGUGGAAGAAUUACCUGUGAGAUCCUGGUAAUAAUAAAUGGAGAGGUAAUUAAUUCUGAUGGACCCACAAUACAAGACGGUACCACGGUUAAUCAAACGUGUCGAGAAGGAUUUGUACUAAGAGGAUCAAGAGUUCGGACAUGUAAUGCCGUUUCUCAAACACCUGUCAUUUGUGGAGAGGUCAUGGGAAAUUGGACUGGAGAAAAUGGGAUGUGCGAUGGUACUGUUGUGAAUGAUACGGCUAUUGGAGAUCCACUGAUGACUGUACCUCUCAACAUUCUCAACAAGACAUCUUUCUUUGAAGCCAGCAUCAACAAUAAUAUAGGCCCCAAUGAUAUCAUAAAUCUAUGCUAUGAGCUUCACGGUCGCAGAAAUGCUUUUGUUAACCUUGUGAGUGAUGAAUGCAUUAGCGUGAAUGCACAUUACGAGCUAGUACAACCCAAUGAACCACGAGAAGACAUAAAUAUCAUCAAUAAUAUUCACGUGCGAGCCACAGAUAAUGUAGGAGGGUGUAGGAACAUUGGAGUUGCCCUGAACGAAGGUGGUGUGUGCGCUGCAAGUGUUGAUGGAGUAAAUAUUGCUGAUAUGUAUCAGGCAAAUGGGAUCAGCAUUCGAAGGUAUACUAAUCGCGUUCGUAUCAUGGUCCCAAAUUGUGAAAAUGUCAAUCUGGUGAUGUGGGUAUUCUGUCGUGAGAGUACAUUCUGGAGCACAUUCCGUACUGACAACAAUGGAGCAGAGCUGACGUUUCAAGCUGACAUGAUCAAGUUCGUGAUAGCAAGAGGUUUUAAUCUCCGAGAAACAUCACAUGGAAUAAUUGGCCAGUUCUGGAAUAUCCCAAUCCUCGUGGAGCCAUUCACAGGGUCCAUUCGAUCAUCCGCAUCCACUGACAAUCUUUACCAAGUUACGAUUCAACAUCCCAAUGAGAGUCGCGAAUUCACUGCUUGGCUGUACCGUCUCACCUGGGAAUACCGACAGGAAUAUUGCCUCUACGCUGGGAACCAACAAGCUGGGUCUGUGUACGAGGUUGUUAGUCCUAACGACCCUGUGAUCGAGGGCACGUAUGCAGACUAUAUCGUGGACACAGCCUAUGGUACUGAUUUUGCUUUUACUCACUUUAACGAGGGAAGAUGCAACUCCGUGGUUUUUGGGUGAGAGUGUUACAUUCAAGUUUGAACUGACACAACUAACAGUUAAUGUAUAGUGUAGAUAUAAAGAUACUUUAUCCUACUAUUAUACUAACUCUAAUAAUUAGUAGCUAUUCCUUUUUGUGUGUUAAUUUGUGUGUGUGUGUUUUGUAAGAGAGAAGUUUGACUACUAGUCUUAAUUGUUUUGUGA